AUGAGAGUCAGAGUUCGGGGCCCCACCGGCCAAAACACCAUUACUUUCGAUCAGUCCACCACAGUCGCCGAUUUCAUCCAACUCAUCAAGGACAACACCGGACUCAGCGCAUUUGAGAUCAAAUAUGGCUACCCAAAUUUACAACCUCUUCGACUGGAAGAGCACGAUUCUACCCAGGGAAUCGCCGAGAUAGGCGUGAAUCUCAACGGAGAGCAACUCAUUGUCACCAGCAAACAACCGACUGAACCGGCGGUAUCACAACCACCAGCGACAUCGCAAGCCACGCCACAAAAAUCGCAGCAAACUCAACAACCAUCGCGUGUCACGCCAGAAGAAGACACUGAACCGCCCGAAGUACCACUCGCCGAAUAUGGAGGAACUGUCGUGCUACGAAUCAUGCCUGACGACAACUCCUGUCUCUUUCGAGCUGUCGGCGGCGCAAUCAUAGGGGGAAUGGACACAAUGACAGAACUACGCUCGAUUGUGGCGCAAACUAUCCAAGCACAACCAGACAUAUACAGCGAUGUGGUCCUUGAGAAGAAAAGAGAUGACUACUGUCGAUGGAUCCAGAGCGAGAAUUCGUGGGGUGGUGGUAUAGAGCUCAGCAUUCUCAGCAAGCAUUUUGGCAUUGAGAUUUGCUCAAUCGACGUACAGACAUUGCGAGUGGACCACUUCAACGAAGGACAGCCUACGAGAUGUUUUGUGGUUUAUUCUGGCAUUCACUAUGAUAUGAUUGCCUUAUCGCCGUCGGAUCCUCCUUAUUCCCAUGCCAACGCACCACCGGACUUUGAUACACGGAUAUUCGAUGCGGCGGAUCCUGUCAUAAUGGAGAAAGCGUUGGAGCUAUGUCGUUUGUUCUAUCGCAUCUCGUUUGACACUGUCUCGUGCCAAUGCGAACUAAACGUCCCCGCUGUUGACAUCAUUGGCACUGUUGCUUAUCGUCGAUUCAUUCUGAAUGCUAACGUCUUCACAAUAAUAGUCGAUUUCUUCUCGAAUCGUCAUAAUACAUCUACCGACUCGUCUCUUCGCCGUACACCGCUCGAGCUCGAAUUUACCCGAUCGCAAACAAUCAACAUGUCAGACUCUAGCGCUGUCGCCGAAAAGGGUCACGAUGAUUCCUCGAAGCUAAAGACAUUUCUAUCUAUCCUCCGCAAAUUCGUCGGAGUUGCAGACAUUGCGUCUGUCCGAUUUUCUCUCCCCGCACAACUUUUGGAGCCCACGCCGAAUUUAGAAUACUGGAACUAUUUGGACCGGCCGGAGACUUUUUCAAGUAUUGGUACAUCCGAUGACGAUCUCGGCCGUAUGCUGGAGGUUCUGCGAUUUUGGUUCACAAAAGAUUUGAAAUACAUCAAGGGCAAGCCAUGCAAGCCAUACAACUCGACGCUGGGAGAAUUCUUUAGGGCUUAUUGGGAAGUUGACAACACAUCAACCCCAGUUCUACCUUCAUCCAAACCCACAAAUGGCACUGUUUCGACGGAUGGCACUGCUAAAGUCUGCUUUCUCACUGAACAAACAUCCCAUCAUCCUCCAGUCUCAGCUUUCUACAUUGAUUGUCCGGAACGCGGGGUCUCAGCCCGUGGCUUUGACCAGAUCAGCGCAAAGUUCACAGGAACCAGCAUUCGCGUUGGCCCUGGUCAGCACAAUCUCGGUAUAUUCGUGAAUCUCGCGAAUCGCGACAAUGAAGAAUACCAACUCACACAUCCUGCUGCUCAUCUCAGCGGACUGUUGCGUGGCUCGCUCUACAUCUCCGUGGCAGAUAGUUGCUAUAUCACAUGCCCAAAGACCAAGAUCAAGGUCAUUCUACAAUAUUUAGAAGAUGGUUGGGUGUCCAAGGCGCACAGCCGCGUUGAGGGAGUCAUAUUCCGCUACGACCCCGACAACGACUCCAAAAUGAAAAUUAAAGACGUCCCAUCCAACGAUGUGCUGGCUCGUAUCAAUGGCUGUUGGCGCGAACAAAUCUACUACACCCUUACCUCUGCCGCAAUUUCCGGCAGCGGCUCUUCCAUCUCGUCUCGCUCUUCCACCACCUCCUCCUCCGAAUCCAACAAACCCCAACUACUAAUCGACCUCGUCCCUCUCACAGUCGUCCCCAAGUCUGUGCCCCCCGAAGAAGUCCAGCUAUCGAAUGAAUCCCGCAAAUUUUGGUCCGGCGUCACAUCCUCCAUCCUAUCCAAACAAUUCAGUCAAGCCACAAAACUAAAACAAGAAAUCGAAGAACGGCAACGCGUCAAAGCAGCGGAGCGAGAAGCGAAAGCCGAGAAGUGGAAACCUCGUUUCUUUACUGAUGCUGUUGGGCCGCUCGGUAGACCGGAUUUGACGGAUGAUGGUCGCAAGGCGUUGGAGAGAAUGUUUCAAGGCGAUUUCGAGUUGGAGGAGAGCCAGGUAACGGGUGCUUAG